CUACAGGACGUCCUGAGAGACGCGUGGACAAACAUCUCACUGACUGUCUCUGAGGUGGACGUCUUACUGUCAGAACCAGGACCAGGACCAGAACCAGGACAAGAACCAAAGAGCAGAGCUGGAUUCUUAAAAUAUUCCUGUGAAAUCACACUGGAUCCAAACACAGCACACACACAGCUGAAACUGUCRGAGGGAGGCAGAAAAAUAACACUAAUGAGUGAACAUCAGCCUGAUCCCGAACAUCCAGACAGAUUCGCUGGAUUGUGGUUUCAGGUUCUGAGCAGAGAGAGUCUGACUGGUCGUUGUUACUGGGAGGUGGAGCUGAGAGGAAAAUGUGUUUUUGUAGCAGUCGCCUACAAGAAUAUCAACAGAGUGGGGAAUAAAUGUAGAUUAGGAAACAAUGACAAAUCCUGGGCAUUAAUUUGUUUCCAAAACAGGUUUAWAUUCUACCACAACAACAUCCAAACCUCCCUCUCAGGUCCUGGUUCCUCCAGGAUCGGGGUGUACCUGGACCACAGAGCAGGUGUUCUGUCCUUCUACAGGGUCUCUGAAACCAUGACCCUCCUCCACAGAGUCCAGACCACCUUCACUCAGCCGCUCCACGCUGGRRUUGAGAUUAUAAACACUGGAGACUCUGCAGAGUUCUGUAAACUCAGAUAGUUUAUCAUUAAUAUUAUGAUUAAUGAGAAUUUUAUUGUGAUGUUUUCUGUAGUUCUUGUUGUUUGAACUUGUUUAUUGUUCUGUUAAUUUUCAUAAAUGACUUCAUUAAAGAUUAUUCACAUUAAA